ACGAAAAGAGGCUCAUGCUUCAUCUUAUUAUAUAAACCCCAUCAAACCUACUCAUUUUUGGCUCUGAUCUAAAUAUAAAGAACCACACAUAAUCUUUCAAUGAGUUUUCAAAUAUUAUGGCUCUGUCGCAUUAUUCUCAUCGUAACAUUCAUCUCCCAUGGCUCGUCUUUUCCAGAUCAAGUUGGGUAUUAUAGUUUUAUGAAAGAUGCAACAUUCGCACCAAUGUUCGCUCGCUUCGAUUACAUUGUCAUCGGAGGAGGAACCUCCGGUUGUGCCUUAGCCGCAACACUCUCUCAAAACGCUACAGUUUUGGUUCUUGAACGCGGCGGCUCGCCUCACGAUAACCCGACGGCAACUGAUAUCGGAAACUUCGCCACAACACUCUCAAACACAUCACCUAAAUCGUGGUCGCAGCUCUUCGUAUCCGAAGACGGCGUCUACAACACACGUGCGCGCGUCCUCGGUGGAGGCUCGGUGCUAAACGCUGGAUUCUACACGCGUGCGGGGGAUGACUACGUGAAGGAGGCCGACUGGAUGAGCGAUGAAGUGGAAGCUGCUUACGAGUGGGUUGAGAAGAAAGUAGCGUUUAAACCGCCGAUGUUGGGAUGGCAAACCGCGUUGAAGGACGGGCUUUUGGAGGUUGGAGAGUUUCCUUACAACGGUUUCACGUACGAUCAUAUCAACGGGACCAAGAUCGGUGGUACAAUCUUUGAUGAUGCCGGUCAAAGACAUACGGCGGCGAACCUGUUGGAGUAUUCUAAUCCGAACAGCAUUGCUGUCUAUUUGCAUGCUACUGUUCACAAGAUCCUCUUCACCACCAAAGGAAGGCCAAGGCCAAAAUCAUACGGAGUGAUAUUUCAAGACGCAAAUGGAGUGUUACACAAAGCGGAGCUGGCGAAAAACACAAUGAACGAGGUGAUUUUGUCGGCGGGUGCCAUUGGGAGCCCGCAGCUGUUGAUGCUUAGCGGUGUGGGUCCUAUGGCUCAUCUUGUGGCUCACGGGAUUAAACCGGUGGUCUUAGACCAUCCAAUGGUCGGGCAAGGGAUGGGAGAUAAUCCGAUGAAUGCCAUCUUUAUUCCUUCUCCUACGUCCGUAGAAGUUUCUCUAAUACAAGUCGUUGGGAUCACAAAGUUUGAUAGCUACAUCGAAGGAGCUAGUGGUGUAAUCUUCUCUUAUAGUUGGACUCGUAAUUUUUUCGAUGGCGUUUUGAAUUAUCUUAACGAGAUAAGCCGUACUACCACUUCCACUUCACUCUCGACUCAGUCCAUCACCGACUUUUUUAAAUCCAUAAAUCCAUUAUUAAAUGCAACCAUAAAAGCUGGUUUAAUCCUCCAGAAAGUCGCGGGACCAGUCUCUAGAGGUCACUUGGAGCUAAGGAACAUAAACCCAAAUGAUAAUCCUUCAGUGAGAUUUAAUUACUAUCAGGAGGCAGAGGAUCUAGAGAAAUGUGUUGAAGGGAUUUCAACUAUCAUUAAAGUGAUUAACUCGAAGGCAUUUUCCAAAUUCAAAUACCCGGAAGCGACCAUACAUGGCUUGCUCGAUCUAAUACGGAGCGUUCCAACUAAUCUGAGACCGAGGCAUGCAACCUCGGUGCUUAAUUUAAAACAGUUUUGCAUCGACACUGUGAUGAGCAUUUGGCAUUACCACGGAGGUUGCCAAGUUGGAAGAGUGGUAGACAAGAAUUACAAAGUUUUAGGUAUUCAUGGUUUAAGGGUUAUCGAUGGAUCAACAUUUCUCAAGUCUCCGGGGACUAAUCCUCAAGCUACGAUUAUGAUGCUUGGAAGGUAUAUGGGACAAAAGAUUCUUCGAGAGAGGGAUGCUUUCCACAAUAGGAACGAAGAAACAUGAGAUAUUACUUUUGAGAUAUAUGCUAAAAGAAUCAUGGACUUGAAUUAUUUUAAUCAAUGUAUGAUGAGCUAAAAUAGUCUGAACGUGUACAUCAAUCCAUGUUCUGUUUCUAUUAUGUAUAAUAAUGGGGGAAUCUUUGAAAUUCAGAUGGUUAGUGUGCAUAGUAUAUGCUUUGAUUUUAA